CCAUGACGUACAUGCCAGUCUGCGCGCAGGCCGACCUUCCCAACAACUCGCGGCGCUGUGUGCUGCUUCCUUCCUCCGGUCGCAGCGUUCUCCUCGUACAUCACCAACAUGUGAUCUACUGCAUAGAUCAAGCGUGCUACCACCACGGUGGACCGCUCGCCACUGGGGACAUUGAAGACUUGGGCGGCGUCGCGACGAUCAAGUGUCCAUGGCACAACUACAAGAUCGCCUUGCACAACGGAGAAGGACUGUACAUGGGCCUAGAGCCGGGCAAGAUGACCCAGCCGGUGUUGAAGAGCAAGGGGGUCAAGCAACGCACCCAUCCGGUCAAAGUCGUAGACGGCAUGGUGCUCGUCCAAGACAGUUCCGAUGACGGCGAGGAGUACGUCGUCAUCGCGAGCGACGUCUACGCAUUCGACACCAAGUGCAUCCCCGACUUGGAAAGGAAGAAGGAUCCCGACGAGGUCAAGAUCCAUUCGCGCAUGUCGUAGUUCUCUUCCAGGCGCCAUCAACACCCC